AUCCAUUUCAAUUCCUUGCUAAGAGUGAACCUGCAAAGGAACAGACAGCUCAACCAGCUCUAGCCCGGAAACCCACUGUGAUCCGAAUCCCAGCUAAACCCGGGAAAACUUUAAAUGAAAUCCCACAUAGCCCUCCGCCGUUAAAAAAAAAAAAGCCUAUUGGGAACACCUCCGAUAUCACAGUGGGGAAACCCAACAGCGCUGACCCAGUAAAAAAAGUGGAGUUGGAUCAUUCAGAACAGGGUGGAGCGCCUCAGCAAGAACCUGUACUACCCCCAAGGCCUGUGGAUGGAAAAAUUAUACCUGCUCGACCUCCCCCACCUAAAGGUGUUCCUGGAAGGCCACCUCCACCAAAACUCUCUGCAGCCAAGACCUCCUCCCAGAAGGAUGCUCUGUCACGAUCUACUUCUGACAUCGCUCCUGAUAAAAAACCCAGCAAGUUCAGGUUGGGACCCAAGAGGGCAAAAAGUCAAGUCUUUAAAAAUCCAGAUCCAGCGUUACCUCCUAGACCUAAACCAGGUCAUCCUCUCUACAAUAAAUACAUGCUGCCUGUGCCUCAUGGAGCUGCCAAGGAAGAGUGUCCUCCCAGGAACAGCGGAGAACUGCCCUGUAAGGAUUCAAACCACCCUCCAAAAGUUUCUGACACAAGUGCACCUCAUGCUGUAGUCCUGCAUGAUUUUCCUGCAGAGCAUGCUGAUGACUUGGACCUUCAUUCUGGAGACACCGUUUAUCUUCUGGAGAAAAUCGAUACUGAGUGGUACAGAGGAAGAUGUGGGAAUCGCACAGGGAUAUUUCCUGCCAGCUUUGUUAAAGUAGUUACUGAUGUUCCAGAAGAGGGCAACAGGAAAAAAAUACCCUGUUCAUCACGAUGUGUGAAAGGCCCAAGAUGUGUAGCACGAUUUGAAUAUAUUGGAGAUCAGAGAGAUGAGCUCAGUUUUUCAGAAGGUGAAACUAUUAUCCUGAAAGAAUACGUAAACGAAGAGUGGGCCAAGGGAGAGCUCAGAGGCACAUCUGGAAUUUUCCCCUUGAACUUUGUGGAAGUAAUUGAAGAUCUGCCUGGAACAGGUGCAGGAGCAGCACUGAAGAACAAGGUGGAGGUUUCUUCUUCCCUUCCUCAGAACAACAGACGCUCAGUAGAGUGGUGUGAAGCGCUUCAUGAUUUUACAGCAGAAACCAAAGAUGAUUUAUCCUUUAAAAAGGGAGACUACAUCCAAAUACUGGAGCAAGUAGAUGCAGAGUGGUACAGAGGACGACUGAAUGAAAAGGAAGGGAUUUUCCCCGUGGUUUUUGUUCAGACCUGCACAGCCAGCGUAGACCUGUCACACUCUCUAGGAGGGAAGAAAGGAAAAGCCAAAGCUCUUUAUGAUUUUCAUGGAGAAAAUGAAGAUGAGCUUUCCUUCAAAGCUGGCGACACAAUAACAGAGCUGGAAUCUGUGGACAAGGACUGGAUGAGCGGAGAGAUGGAAGGAAAGUCUGGGAUAUUUCCCAGGAACUUUGUUCAGAUUUUAAAAACGCCAUGA